AUGCGAGUCGUUUCGCAGUCGGUGGUCCCACGCGACAUCACAGAUGUAUUCACACAAGCUGCUUCGAAGCUGCGAACAGGAGAGCUCGUCAAAGAUGAGUACUUCACACUGUUCGAGGCAGUCGGCGCCUUGGAGAUAAUGGAUUCAAAGAUGGACAGUGGUUACCUCGGGCCUGGAGAGAACCACGCGCAAGCCUUGGAGGACGACUACGACAUCAUGCGGGAGCUGGCUCCGGAAGAAGUAGUGGGAAUCAUGGACGAGUUACUUUGCCAUGAGAUGGCGUGGCAUAUGGGACAUCCACUAUCUCAGACCCUUUUCACGUCCUUGUACCUUGAUAAACUGUUAUGGCCGAUACCGAAGACCCUCGAAGAUGCUCGGUUUGCGCGUGAAAGGUUGGGUAACAGGAAGGAGGACUCCGAACUGUUACACCUUGUACUCCGCGCUUACUGCCUUGCGCUGGUUAAGUGCUGUGAUUUUGUCCAUUCGCGAGUUUCCGCGGAGUUCUACUACGAAGAAGAAGACUUUGUCACUCAGCUGUACAAUCGCAGCUUACUGUCACCGUUUGAUGUGAAACACUUCCGAGACCUCCUCGAUGAGGCGGUCUCCUGGACUGAAGCAACAGCCGAUGCUCUCGAUCAAAACUUGCGUGAUGCAAUCACAUCCCGCUUGAUCUUUCGACGCGAGUUCCUUCUCGCAUUGGGCCAUGACAUUGACAUCUUACAGAACAAAUCAACCGGCUACUUUGCGUCUUGCUUAUUCCAGUUGUCCUCCCUUACCAAAUCUGUCACUCUCGGAAAGCCUGUGCCCGAUGCCUUCAGUGUGAAGAUUCAGCGGAGACUGGCCAGCACGGUGCCCCCUCGGCCCAUGGUGAAGAUUAGUUUCGAGGAUGCGCUGGCGCAUCUACGACGGUUGUGUCGAGAUGCCAUUGACCUACAGGAACUCGUUGAGUAUGGGGGCCCAUACAAUUUGAAGGUCGCCGUUUGGACAUUGCUUUCUCGCAAACCUCAACCAUCCGUUUAUAUCCGUUCACUUACCCAAACUUUCAUCCAGAGCAACAUGACUGUCCUUGGAAAAGUCUCCCUCAAAGGACUUCUGUACGACGAAUUGUCCGAAUUUGUCCUCUCUUCGAGCGUGCUUCUUGAUGCCAACAUUGACGAUACUGAGGUGCCCUCGGACCCUCGGUUUCAGAUUGCCCAGCGGAUGGACGCUUUCGUGAAACGUUUCGCUCAGGCCGAAGAACUCGACGAGCAACUUCGUACUCUCAGUGAAGAAUCUCCGCUUACACUCUCGAACGGCGACGCCACUUACUCUUACCCCCUCAGCAGCUGGGCAUACCACCAGAAGCUGAGCCAAUUCCGUCUUAUCAUUCAGCUGGGUUUCGAACUCUCAAUUUACGCACCCGAAGAACUUGCUGGGAUGUACUGGUAUCUUUCUCACAUUUGCUCCACGCACCUUGCUCACAUCGACCGAAUACGCACAUUUACGGUCGCGGCCGCCAAACGAAAUCUGGCCGCUAUGGCUGCAAUGAAGUGCAACUCAGCCGAGCGGCAGUCCGCUUUUCACAAGACCCUUCGACUCCUCGAGAGACUCACCACACAUAUCGUUGCUAUAGAUGCCUUUGCGAUAUCCCUGCAUGCUCUGUAUGUACUCCUCGCUCGGCACAAUCUCCUGCCGACAGCCUCUGCUCCGGGAGCGUACUCCAGCGAGCGGCUGCGCUACGAAAUUCGAAUGAAGCCUUUCAUCCCUAUCAGCCUGCCGGAACCUGUGCCGUACGAAGAGUAUCGCCGGGAAGCGAUUCUGGAAGGGGACAGCGAUGGAGUUGUCUUAGAACGUGCUUCAAAGGCGAUUUCAGAAGCCCGCAAGGCCUGGGAAGCCACACUCGCCAAUGGUACUUUCAUUAAGAACUCACGGGGCGAAACAUACCAUGCGCCGGCCAUCGAAGAAGACUGGAAGUGCGAGGUUAAGGACACGAUGCGGGCCUGCAUCGGCGCAAGCAUCGCUAUCGAAGCGGUGAAGAAGGCACUCGCCGACUCUGGAGGAACCAGCUCGCCAGCCAACCGUCACCGCGUAAGUCUACGAGUAGAGAUCCCGGAGGUUGGGUCGCAGGCACGCUGGCAUGACUGGUGGGCUGUGCCGCAGGUCACACCGGUCAAACCAGGCAAUAAGACAUGA